GCUGUCCAGCAUGUGUUUGUAUUGGCAUUGUUGUUGACAUGUGGUGAACAGGGAAAAUCAUUCCUACCUUCAUCGAUUGGCAUUCGGAUAGAGGCUCACCCAAAGCUCCUCAGGCCCCGUCCCCUGACCUAUUCGGGGCGGACCCUCAUUCUCCUCACCCUCCCCACCCCGUUCACCAUCAUGUCGGAUCAAGAUUUCAUCACCACCGAUGAGGACGAUUAUCUGGACGUGGAAGACAACAGUCUGCCCGAGAAUCCCGAGGAUUUCCCGCCCCCCGCUCGUCAGACCACCGCCCCGCUGGACAACGAUGACUAUCUGGGUUCCGGCGGGUUCGAGUUGCCUUUCAACGCCGAGGAUGGCGUCAUCGCCCACCUCAUCGACAUCCGAGAGCCGCUCUACAACUUUAAGACCGCCCUCGAGAAACGCCUGGGCCUGGGUUUGCGGGACUACGAUUUCUGGCUCCAAGAUACCCAAAGACUGCCCGAAAACACCACCUUGGUCGAGCAGUGCGUCCAAGGUGAGGGCCUGGUCCAGAUCAAUGUCGAGAUCAAGACGGAUCCCGAAACGGAUCUCAAGAAGAUCAACAUCGUGGACGUGCUCAAACCUGCUGAUGAAGUCAUCGCCGAGGCCACGCGCAAUCAUCGAUUGGCCCAGACUGCGGCAGCUACCGCCUCUGCCUCGGCCACCGCCCGUACUCGCCUGGCCUCGGUGGCCAGCCCGUUAUCGCCCGAAGAUGAUUGGGAGAGCUCGGCCGGGAAACUCAUGGAUGCGGCCUUGGGCUCGGAAGAAUUGGAGGAUAGCCCGUUGUCGCCGUUGAAGAGUCCCACUGGGUACGAUGACCACGCCGCUUCCGGACAGGGACCCUUCACCCGUUGGGUGGUGUGCUCGGCCUUCCGCAAAGAGCAAGAACGGCUCAAUAUCCCGACCGAUCCCAUGGAUUGGCAACGGGCCCAUGUCUCACAUUGGAUCCAGUGGGCCCAGGCCCAAUUCCCUAACGCCUCCAUCGAUAGCGACGAUUGGCGAUUGGACGGUCGACAGUUGUGUAGUCUGUCCCAGGACGAAUUCAAACGCAAAGUGCCCUUGGACCCGUCCGACAUGAUGUGGACCCACGUGGAACUGUUGCGCAAGUGUAAAUUCGUGGCCGUCAUUCAGAAAUCGCCGCACGCCGAGAAUGCCUCCACCAAAGAAAACCACGCCUCCGCCGGCGCCGCCGCGGCCCACCUCCUCGAACCCGGAUUAGGGUCCAAUGGCGCUCUGGGUUCUCAGAUGCCUCGCAAGACCCACAAGAAACCACCGGUCCGAUUAGGAACGGCCAAGUUCACGGUCAUGUCCGAGUCCGCCCUGGGCAACCGAACGGGCAACAACGGCCAAGUCCAAUUGUGGCAAUUCCUCCUCGAACUCCUGACCGAGAAGAAUCAUCGGGAAGCCAUCCAUUGGAUCGGCGAGGACGGCGAGUUCAAGCUGGAGAACCCCGAGAUCGUGGCCCAAUUGUGGGGCACGCGCAAGAACAAGCCCAGUAUGAACUACGAGAAACUAAGUCGGGCUCUGCGGUAUUAUUACGAUGGCGAUAUGAUCAGCAAAGUUCAAGGCAAACGCUUCGUGUACAAAUUCGUGUGUGACCUCAAACAACUGAUCGGCUAUUCCGCGGCCGAACUCAAUCGACUCGUGUCGGAAGCCGAAAUGCGCUCUUCGCUCAAUACCAAUCACAACCGACUUGUCAUGUGAAUCAACGCCAACGACCAUCAGUUUAUUAAUCACCAUCCUAUGUUCACUCAGCUAAGAGGAACAAAAAAAAAUAUAGGUAUAUAUAAAAAGAUAUAUUCAUAAUCAUAAUAAAGAGACCCGAAUCAAGGACCCGAAAACUCA